AUGAAAAUCGAGGAGCGGGUGGAGGAGAGUGAGGGCUUCGACGCCGUCCAACACCACCGUCUGCGGAUGCUGCGGUGCCUGCCGCUCUCCAGCAAGAGCAAGGCCUUCGCACGGAACAUUAUCACGGUUGAAGGAAAUAUGCGACAGAACCUCCGACGGGAGGAAUAUCUGCAUGAACUUAUCCAGGGCCUCCAGGAGGCACAGGGGUGUACGCCAGAGGACAAAACCCAGCUGGACAAAUGGGAGCAGGAAAUCCAAAGGCGGCGGAGGGACUACUGGACGCACACACGAGAGUGGCACCAGCGUGAAUCUUUGUGUCCUCCCGGGCCGCUGAAAAGGGGAUUCGACGCCUGGCGAGCGACUCCGAACUGGUAUCUCCAUAGCGAUCUGCGUGACUACUGUGCCGCCCGUGUGGGAUGUUGUGGCCGUUCGUGUGGCUGCUGCGAGAGACGCGGCGAGCAGGCCACGGACCAAACCAGGUUGGCGGUUGGCCAUUGCACGGUCGAGCGUGGCUGCUGUAUACGAGACUGUGGCUUCGAGCUCACGGUUGAGGAGAAAAAGGAGUACCACAAGGCCUUCGGAGUGUCGAUGGACAGGCCAAACAACAUCUUCGUCGAGCGCAUCGUCACCCUGCAUAUUUUGGGGAUCUCGAUAAAUGAAUAG